AAUUUCUCCAUAGGCAUGAGGCGUUGCUAUAGAAAAUACAAUGCCAGGGUCACUUUCUUGAACUCAACAUCAUUAAAACGUAUGUCCAUAGAACAGGAUCAUUGAUAUGACCAAUGAUUAUGGUGAACACUUUUAGAAUUGUAAACGUGUACGAUUGAUUGUGAACGUAAAAGCGGAACCUUGAAAAAAGAAGCUAUAUAAUAUGCACAGAGCAUUGUGAUUCAUAGUCAAUCGGACUCACUGACGUAAUCCUGACUCCACUACUAAAGCGGUCGCGGGGUCAUAAUGUAUAAGAGAGGGUAACGUAUACAUGUGGCUGGGUUUCUUGAUCAUGAGUUUAAGAAGCACGUCAGGACGGAAUGACGGAGGGCUUCUGUUUCGAGUGACACUUCCUCGAGGCCAAGUACGGUCGGAAGAAACUGAGCAUUUACCGUUUACUUCUUUUAACAUUUGGCCAGUUUAUUAUGAGAACGCCGGUCAUGUAUAUGGAAACAGUUGUAAAGCGCUGUAUACCUUUCUUCGAAAUUUUUAACGUCAGCCAACAAGGUUAUACGGAAGAUAGUCGGUGCAAUGUGAGACUCUAGAAUUUCAUUCUUUCACAUUCGUUAGGCUUUGUCUGUUUACAAUAGACGAAGAUUUAUGCAAAGAAAAACUUGGUAGAGUCUCAGAUCCUUUUCUCCUAUUCAUCCAGGGGUGUCUGUAACAUUUAUUUUCUUCAAAUCAAUACACUUAUGAUAAAUAUGAUAAUAAAUGCAUUUAAAUUCAUAAGAUUUAUCCAUCUAUAGAUCGAUCUAUAUAAGUAAUAACGAGUUGGGAGCACAAAAAAGCAAAGAGAGAUGAUUCUCAUACUAUCUUCAUAAUAAUAAUAAUAAGCUCUGAUUUUCCCCUCUUCCUAUUGGAUAUUUGACGUUGGCGCGAAAUUCAAAAGUACUUCAUUUGGGUUAUCAUGGUGCUUUAGUUUCUCUAGACUGUGCUACCAUCUCCCGCUGCUAAUAUUAAUCAGAGAAUCACGUAAACCUUCUCCCUGUCGGUAUUGCAGAGACGACGGUUAGCAGGUAGGGUGAGUCCGGGUUUACAGGCAGCAUAGAAGAACCGAGCAUCAGUCGGGUAGGAACUGUCGGGCAUGUGCGUUGCCCCUGGAUUCUCUUAAAACGCCUACAAUACGGAUAGUGUGUGCGCAUAGCCUGACCUACGUAUUCCUCGAGUAUGUCAUCACGCUAGGAACAUACUGAACCAACAUGUGAUUCUGACAGAAAGUACCGCCACCGGCAUCGCGUUCGUCCCGAGGCUGUGUUUCCGUGUUAAAAAAGUGUUAAACCAAACCGGAUUCCCCGUCUAGGGGUGGAUAUGUAUUGAGCACCGUGUCACGCACAUCAUGGUUGCUAAGCACUUCACCCAGGGCUCCAGUCCCGAGUUCGGGGUUCCCGACAUGACGGUGAUCAGCGACAUCGACGAGACUGGGAUCAAUCGAAAUCUCCAGGUCCGCUACGAGAGGGACCAGAUAUAUACAUACACGGGGUCCAUACUGAUAGCUGUGAAUCCCUACAAGGAAGUCGACUACUACACUAUGGGAUACGUAAAUCGGUACCAUGGCCAAAAGAUGGGUUCGCUGGAGCCACACGUGUUCGCUCUGGCUGAGGCUGCAUACAGAUCGCUCCAGGACACCGAGAGCAAUCAGUCCUGCGUUAUCAGCGGGGAGAGUGGAGCUGGGAAGACUGAGACGACCAAGUUCAUCUUGCAGUAUCUGUGCUCUGUGACGAGUAACGUUGACACCUGGGUAGAACAGCAAAUUCUAGAAGCCAAUACCAUCCUGGAGGCCUUCGGUAACGCGAAGACCGUGAGGAACGACAACAGCUCCCGCUUCGGGAAGUUCAUGCAGGUCUGCUUCGACAGCAAGUGGAUGAUCAAGGGAUGCAUAAUUCAGGAUUAUCUUCUGGAACAGAGCAGGAUCACUUUUCAGAGUCCUGGUGAGAGGAACUACCAUGUGUUCUAUCAGCUGGUCGAAGCUGGCACCCGGGACAAGGAAUUCGCCGAGCAGUACAAGCUCAUGCCCGCCAAUCAUUACCAGUACCUGAAGCAGUCAGGGUGCGUCAAGAUCGAUGGUAUCACCGAUUCAAAGAAAUUGGACGCCCUGAGGCUGGCCUUCAACGUUCUCCAAGUGGCGCCCGAAAUGUGCGAGGGUAUAUUUCGCGUACUCUCUGCUAUUCUCUGGCUGGGUAAUCUCAGCUUCGAGGACGUCGACGGGGAACGUUGCGAAUUGACUGUGGAAGAUCGUGACAUAGUCGCCACCGUUGCUCCACUUCUUGGACUACAGGUGGAGGACCUCACCAGGGUCGUGCUUGUUCGCCAGAUUAACGUCCGUGGAAAUAUUACUGAGAUCCCGUUGAAGGUGCAGGAAGCACGAGAGAAUAGACACGCUAUGGCCAAGGCACUCUACUCCAGGACCUUCGCCUGGCUCAUCAAUCAUAUCAACAAUUGUACCAAUCCGGGACAGGACAGCUCUCGGUUUCUGGGGGUGCUGGAUAUAUUUGGAUUUGAGAACUUCUCUGUCAACAGCUUCGAGCAACUUUGCAUUAACUAUACCAACGAGAAGCUUCACAAAUUCUUCAAUCAUUAUGUAUUCGCCCUCGAGCAGGAACUUUAUCAUCAGGAAGAGAUUCAGUACUCUCACAUCACGUUCACCGACAACACUCUUUGUUUAGAGCUGAUAGAAAAACCUCCGAGAUGCGUUCUUAAACUUCUGACAGAGCAGUGUCACAUGCCGAAGGGUUCAGACUUGGCAUACUUGACUAAUCUACAUUCGGAAUUUGAGAAUCACCCUUGUUACGUAAAGGGCGAGGAUCGUCGCAAGUGGGAAAAGGAGUUUGGCGUUAAGCACUACGCAGGCUGCGUGACGUACACUGUCCAGGGUUUCGUCGACAAGAACAGAGACGUCCAGCAGGACGUCUUCUUUGACUUCAUGUCCAGGAGUACGAACGAGUUUGUCCAAGAGAUCACGGUCUAUCAGGAUUUACUGAGCUGUACUGUAGCCAGAGCAUCAGGUGGAGCCACGACGAUGUCUAGAGGAACGUCCAAGGGUAAACCUACUCUCUGUGAUUCGUUUCGACAUCAACUUCAGGCACUGGUGGAUGUCCUUCAAGCAACCACACCCUGGUACGCUAGGUGCAUUAAGCCCAACAUGGAAAAGAUGGCCAAUAACUAUGACGAGAAACUCGUACUGGAUCAACUCAAGUAUUUAGGGAUGCUGGAUAUUAUUCGCAUAAGAAAAGAAGGAUUUCCAAUACAUAUGCCAUUCAGGGACUUUGUCGCAAGAUACAGAUGCUUGGACAAGGCCAGAACUUCCUCGUCUUGCGAUGAGAAGGAUGCUGUGAGAUGGUUGAUCGGUAAUCAGGGUAUUCCUGACACGGAGUGGCAGAUCGGUAGGACGAAGGUAUUCCUUAGGAGUUACGUUCACGAGCCGCUAGAGGAUUUACGUAACCAGAUGGUUACUAGUAAUGCUAUUGUUAUACAAAAGACUUGGCGUGCUUAUACAGUUAGAAAGGAAUAUAAAAAGAUAAGAGAUGCUGCCCUGAAGGUUCAACAUGCCUAUCGCGGCUGGAAACUACGUAUAAUGUUCAUAAGAAAACGUCGGGCAGCAAUUGUUAUUCAGUCUCAUCUGCGAGGUGUCUUUGCACGGGAGGUGGCUACUGCUCUGCGGGAGAUGCGCCGGGUCGAUGAGGAGAUGAGGAAGAGGGAGAGAAUGGAGGAAGAAAGAAGGUUAAUGGAGGACAAAAAAACGCUUGAAGAAAGUCAAAGCGCGCAAUACAACGGUAUUGUUGGAAUGGAAGCCGGAAAGGCACAGGAGGAAAUCGCAGCGUUGUCUCAAAUGGCAGAACAGCUCAACUCGAAGAUGGUUGCUUCAGAGUUACAGUCAGUGGACCUGGAUAAUCUCUUCUCAUUCCUGUCGGACGUUCAAUCCUCAAAGGGUAAUCAGAUCAUCGAGGAGAUCGGCGAGAGGAUGGAUGAACUCGUAGAGGACCUAGACGUGGAACUCGAAACUGUCCUCCAGCAGGAGAUGGAACUGAAUUCUCGGCCAGACUCCAAAUCUUCCAACAUUGGUCCUCAGGACGGUAUAUCUCAGCAACAACAACAAAGAAUUGGCGCUAGUACAGCAGGUGGAAAAUUGGGUCAACCAAGUCUUCCAGAACCGACGGAACCACCUCCACCACCACCACCACUUCCUCUACCUCUACCUCUACCUCUAGCCCUUAAUGGAGACACUUCAGCCGACGAUGGAGAACCUAUCUAUGAAUCUGUUCUGCCUAGAGAAGAGAAUGGACCCAGUAGCCCUAUAGUUAUUAAUGGUAACUCUAGCCAGCUGGUGAACGGCGACAGUUGUGGUUCGCCACCACCGGUUCCUACCAGUAAAAUCAUAAAGGAACCAAUAGCCGGAAGUCCACCGUCUAGACCAGACUCAAGGAACUCGAGCGCGCAUCAUAUUCAUCACAAUCAUCAUCAAACGGUUUCUCAGCAACAGCUUAAUGGGCACGAGCAGCCGCAGCAGCAGCAGCAACAGCCACAACAACAACAACAACCAGCCGAGCGUGAGCAAAGACGUAAAUUCCGUGUUGAGCGCAAACUUCAAGAGCUCGAGGACAAGAAGGACGUACAAGAUGGCGAAACAAUGUACCAUGAUAUUGUGGAAUUCGCUCAGAACUACUUCAACAGUCACGAGCGCUCUCCAGAGGGUACAAUAAUGGCGACCCUCACUCGAAAAUCACGUGGUAAGAGUAUCGAAUUCAUCCCCAAGUACGAAAUGGUCACGUAUUACAAAGGGUCGAGCAUACCCAACUCCCAUAUACAUAUGUAUGAUCCCGAUAACGUGAACGUGGCGUGUUCGGUAUUCCGGGACCUCUGCAAGUACAUACGCGGGGAAAUGAAGCUCGAACAAGAGAUUGCGACAAUACAGAGUAUAAUAGGAUAUGGAAUAGAGCGCGAGGAGUUGAGGGAUGAAAUUCUGGUGCAGUGUAUGCGACAGGCUACGAAUAAUCCUAACGUCGAGUGGGCUGAGAGGGUUUGGCUACUCUUAUGUUUGGCCAUAGUCGCAUUUCAACCUAGUAAAUUGCUGUACAAGUACUUCGUUUCCUUCCUCAAGAAGAAUCUGGCUCUAGAGGGAAAACUCAGGCAGUACGUUCAGUGGUGCGUGGACAAUUGUAAAAAUACCAAGGUGUCCUGUAGGCAAUACCCACCCUCGACUGUGGAGAUAGCAGCGAUGAGGAGAUUGGGUACAAUAGUCUGUCGAUUCUUCUUCCUGGAUGGAAGAACCAAGGCUAUAGAUGUACAUCCCACGGAUACAGCUGCGGAUGCUGCAGCCAAACUAGCAGAAAAAUUGGGUCUGAGAUCUUUGGAAGGAUGGGCUAUAUAUCAGAGCAGACCAGACGGCGAGGAACAUGUCAGAGCUCAUGAUUACCUGUACGACGUAAUCGCCGCUUGGGAGGUUAAGCAGUGCAAGUUGAAUACGUCACAAUCGACUUUCUCAACCUUGAGACGAAGUAAUAAUCCUACAUUAGGCAGCGGAGAGAAUCGUUUUGUUUUCAAGAGGAGACUUUUCCGUAAUACUCGAGAGCUCUCCCAGGAUCCUGUAGAGGUUAACAUGCUCUACUCUCAGGCUGUGUACAAUGUAGUCAAGUGCGACGACUUCCCCGUCUCGGAGAAGGUUGCGCUCCAAUUGGCGGGUCUGCAAGCUCAGGUUGCUCUUGGUGAUCCCAAGGAUAACGACAGGCUGGAUUACUACAGCGAAGUAGAUAGCUUUCUGCCUUAUCGUAUAAGUAGAGCACGUGGGGAUGAUGUCUGGGUUCCUAUAAUCGCCCAGGCGCAUAAACAGUACGGUGCUGGUAGAUCCGAACUGACUGCCAAGGUGCUUUACCUCUCGUGUGUGAUGCAGUAUCCCUUAUACGGCACCACGAUGUUCAACGUCACAUACAGAGGUUAUUGGUCCUAUGGGAAUCAAUUGAUACUGGGUAUCAAUUGCGAUGGCUUGAUGCUUAUCAAACCGGAUGACAAGUUUGUCCUAUCGGAGUAUCGCUAUCAGGACGUGGAGAGUAUAAUGCUCGAUCCAAGUGAUUCCUUCAUAACGUUAUCCUUGCUCAGACACAAUCCCGACAGUUCUCACAAGUGUUUCGUCUUCGAGACACCUCAGAAGAAUGAAAUCGGUAGUCUGAUCGUGAGUUACUGUCCCGCCCUGGCUGGUUGGAUAACGGAAAACGAGGCACCGGUAAAGAAGCUGAAAGGUAUCACGAACGAGGAUCGGGUCAGGCUUUAUCACAACCUCGUGAACUGUCGACGAACUCUCGUGGAUUCAGACGCCCUUCGCAAGCCCCAAGAUAUGGGUGGCGGUUUCCUCAGGAACACUCUAAGAAGACUGUCGAAGCAUAGGAUAGAGAAGCUUCGUCAGGAACACGGCAGUGCUACAGAUCAUGGAGAAACCUACAAAGGCUUUCCUUACGCCUAUUGGGCUUUCAGCAGGCAGCCCAUUCCUCAGAGUCUAACAAAACUGCCUGACCCUGAAGAGCAAAUAGCCUUGAGUGUCUUCCAGCUGAUCCUAACGUACGCGGGAUUAGGGCAAAAUGGUGACACUGUACGCCGGGUUGAAGACGAACACGUCAAUCUGAUUCAGACUGUUAUGGAACGUUGCAUGCGCAAGGAAACACUUCUGGGAGAAUUGUAUCUUCAACUGAUAAAACAGACUACGGAUCAUCCUGACCCUAACAGUCGAGUCAACCUGAGGCACUGGGCACUUUUGUCUCUGGCUUGCUCCGUGAUACUACCACCGCAGAAGAUCAUUAGGAAAUAUUUGAUUGCUCAUCUAAAGCGAUGUGCCACUGAUUACGUCACCGAGGAAGGGAAGUACGCGAGGUUCGCUGAGAAGUGUCUUUACAAGACUCAGGGUACUAGGAGAAGGCAAUGGCCGCCAAGUAGAGAAGAGAUUAUGUGCACCAUCAAUAGGAGGCCUAUAUACGCCCGAUUUCAUUUCAUGGACGGUCAGUAUCACGCGGUUGAGUUUCAUCCAUCGGCUACAGCUCGAGACGUAAUGGAGAUUAUCAAGGUCAAAAUAGGUCUUGAAGAAUCAGCGAUGGGGUACGCCAUCUACGAGGUACUUGGUUCUUCGGAACGGUCACUGGUACCGGAAGAGAAGAUUGCCGACGUGAUGUCCAAGUGGGAACGCUACAGAACUGCCAGCACGACUCAACAAGGUCAACAACCUCAGCGGAAACACGCACACCAUCUGUUCCUCUUCAAGAAGCAUUUGUUCUUGGAUCAAUAUAUGAAUCUGGACGAUCCAGUUGAAAAGGAGCUGUUGUAUCAUCAGGUCUUGCACGACUUGAGAGCCGAUAGGUUCCCCAUCACAGAAAAAGAGGCUAUGAUGCUGACAGCCCUACAAGCUCAGCUAGAGCUCGGGGACUGUCAGGAGAGUUCCGGGGGUCAGGAAUACCGUAGUAUUGCCGGUCACUGCCUACCGCCCAGACUUGUUCCUAAUCUCUGCGUCGAGGGUGUCCUCCAACACCAUCAGUCCUUACGUGGAAUGACUCCACCGGAAGCUAAGAAGGCCUUCUUGAACCUGAUUCAAUCAUGGCCGCUACAUAAGGCCACAAUUUUCGACGUGAUGCAGUCAUUCACCUCCAACUGGCCAAGAGUCCUCUGGCUCGCUGUCGAUCAGCAAGGUCUGCACCUCCUGGAGCAUCGUUCCAGAAAUGCUCUCUGCACUUACGAGUACGGUAGCAUCCUGAGCUACAGUCCAGCCGUAAACUGUCUGAUGAUCAUCACAGGAACCGACAAAAAGCAGAGUAAAGUCAUAUUAACAACUUCUCAGGCCUUCCAGAUAUCAAAUCUAAUCCGUGAGUACACGGAAGUGCUACAAUCACCGCCGGACGUCCCAAAGAGGGACUCUACGAUCGCCCAACAAAUAAGUCAGCAACAUCCUGCAAAUCCGCUUCCCUCUAACACUAAUGGCGGCCGGAAAUCAAGACCUGCCUCCAUGUUACACAGGGGCGCACCGAUAAUUCAGUCCCAAGCUAGUUAAGUACGAGUUAAAUACUCAUUAGGUAAACCAAUGACCGGCUAAUGAUGUUUUAGUUGGGGUCAUAGGGAUUUUUAGAUAUAACCAUAACGAGAGUGGCCUACUGCGCACAAGAAUAUUUAUAAAUCGAUAUACGAUUGUCGCAGCACAAAAUGCCAAGCCUAUUCUGUUCUUUCUUCCAAUAUUUAUUGAAAACUAGGUUACCCGCGUAGGUAUGAAGGCGCAUGGUCGUUGCGUGAGUUCGAAGGUGCCAGUAUAGAUGAAAAAGAAAUAGAAUUUGAAAAGAAAGAAAACGAAGGGAAAGAGUUCUGAAAGAUUUAAAAAAAAUGUAAACUGCCAUUAAUUGUCGGGGAAUGUGCUGCGCGCGCAUCUUUUUAUCCUAAUAGACCCAUAAUAAUAAUAAUGAUAAUGCUAACAAUGGGUCCCGUACCAAAGCCGGAGUUUUUUCUCCAUUUCUUAUUAUAUUAUCGUUACUCAACCACCGUCGUUGUCUUUUCUACGAGUUCUCUCGACAUUUUUUAUAAUAAUAUAGCCGGGCACAGAUAUUUCCCGCGUUAUACAAAAAUCUCACAUUCUCAUUUUAAUAUGUAUACGUGCGUAUACCUCGCACGACUUCCGAUAUCGCAACCCAGUCCGUGGACCCCGAGACGAAUCUAUACAUCCAAACAAUAAUUGUCACAAUAACCAAGUAAGCUAUUACUCGCGACAGUGACUGGCGCAGCAUAUCACUUCGAAUAACUGAUAUUUAGCAAAAAUUGCAGUGAAGCGACCAAUCCUCGCCGGACGCUUCUCUUUAGCACUAUUUAGAUAAUCAUGCUCGUGCUCGCGUUGUAUACCGUUUGAUACGCUUAGCAAAAAAAAAAAAAUUAAUCGCGGCGCGUUGCGUAUAGGAAAAUCGAAUGAAAUGCAAGUUAAAGUAAAAUUGAGAAAAGCAGAAAAAAAUUAAUUAACAAUUAAAUAAAAAAAAA